AUGAAAUUCAACAAGAGUUUUUAUUUCUUGGUUCUUGUAAUCUGUCUCAUCUUUGCAGCAAGCACUCAUGCAGCUCCAGUACCUGGGGACAAAGAUGAUAAAAAAGAAUCCAUUACAAUUGGAAAAAUUACGGCUAAAGAAGAUGAGAAAAAAGAAACAUUUACCAUUACUGUAGCAUUUAGUACUAAAAAUGCUCCAAAAGAAGAUAAACUCAACGCUAAACUUGAAGCCUGCUCAGAUGGUGGUAAAGUCAAGGAUCCUUCAAAGAAGAUUGUUGAUGCAGAUGACAAGAAAGUAACAUUCAAAGUUACUGUCAAAGAUGGAAAAUCUGCCAAGUUCAAGGUUACAUUGGAGGACGAAGAUGAAGAAAUCACUGCCACGAAAACCUUUACUGUUAAAGAAGGUAAAGAAGAUUGCGAUGAAGAUAAAGAUUAA